UUAAAUGAAUCAAUUUCAGCCUGCCCGUCUUUUCGUUUUCUUCCGCCUCAAUUGCCGCUCUCCUCUCGCAGGUCGUCGCCGUCUUCCCUACGGUUGCCCGCCACCCAAUCUCAGCCCUCUUUCUGCCUAUCGUACACUACAGCAGAGCCUCCAUUCCGUUCCUCCAUAAUCUGAGGGGCUGAUAUGGACAUUGUGCGCCAGGAGAAAGUAAGGAAGUUUGAGGAGUUUGUUGAUCGUCGCUUAAAACCUGAUCUUGUACAUGCUAUUGCUCAACGUGACAAGGUCUUUGAACAACAGAAGAUAUUCUCUGAUCUGAGAAGGAACAUUGAGAACUUGGAGAAGAACAGUGUCACCAGUUUGAGAACAUUGGUGAACCUUGGUUCUGAAGUUUACAUGCAAGCAGAUGUACCGGACACCCGGCAUAUAUUUGUUGAUGUUGGACUUGGUUUCCACGUGGAGUUUACCUGGUCUGAGGCUUUAAAGUUCAUAGCUACCAGGGAAGAAAAGUUAUCCAGGCAAAUAGAAGAUUACACUCGCUUAAUUGCUUCUAUUAAAGCUCAGAUUAAGAUGGUGUGUGAGGGAAUAAGAGAGAUUCUCCAGUUACCAGUGACUGACGUUUAACCAAUAUCAUUGAACGCUGUUUGUAUUUUUGGCAAUUUCUUAUUUUAGCAUCGAACAAGAUUUCAUGGAGCUAUAAAUUUUGGUCCUUCAGCUGAAAUGGAAGUAAUUAUGUUAUUCGGAUUAUGUGAAUAUUUAAAGCAUCAUGGAAAAUUAUGUGAUUUAUGCAA